AAAAAUAUAACCUAUGUUUUAUUUUUGAAUAUUUUAAUUUGAAUCUUUUAUUUACAUUACAUCAUUUAUCGGGGUUGUUCUUAAUGAUUUAAGUACAAAAUGAGUAUAAUACAAAAAUCUUUAUUUAAGAUACCAAAAAUUAGGUUAUUAGCGAAAUAUUCGAGCAAUCACGAUUUGUUACAAUUUAGAUCUAAUUUUACGGAAGAGCAGAAAAUGAGAGUAUUAAAUACCUUAAAUGCAUCCGAUGCCGAACAAUUGUCUAGGUAUCAAGUGUCGCAAUUUAGAAUUAAGAAUAUCGAAUGCUGGAAGAGUAAACGAGGUCCAUUUCAAUCACUUGGUGAAGUACUGGAAGUCGAAGGUUUAGGUGAAAAAUUACUGUUGAAAUUAUGCGAAGAUAUAUUAAAUGACGAUAAUAAUGAUAAUGCAGUCAAGAUUACUAAAAAUACCAAUGUGAAGAUCACCAAGAGGUACAGAAAUUUAGUUAGUCCUGUUAUAAAUGGAAAUAUUUUAAAUAAUUUUAAGUCAGCAGUCGGUGUUCACCUUAGUCCUAUAGGCAUAAGUUGGGCCAAAAUAAAUAAAGAAAACAAUAAUUUAGUUGAUUGGAAUUUUCAAGGAUUCAGUUCCCUUCCGAAUAAAAUGCUAUUGGACGAAACGUUUCAACAGGUUAUUGAGUUGUAUUUUAAUAGUCUCGACAUCGUCGAAAAAAUACCUCCCGGUGAUUUGUACAUUUUUGAAACUCAUCCCAAAUUGAGCCCGUCUGGUCAAACUCAAAAUUCCGCCAUUUCCGCUUACGCGCAGCAAAUCGAAUUAAAUGCCAUGCUGAUGGCGCUUUUGAACACUAACGAAAAUCGAAACGUUACUUUAGAAAAAUGGCCGAAGGAUAAUGAGAAGGAUAAGAAAAAUUGUCUCAUUGAAAACCGGGUUUUUUAUCUCAAAUCUAGAACUCCAGCAAGAUUGUUCAAAACACUUGUUGGACAGGAAAGAGUCUCUGCCAUAUCGAUUAUCCAGCAACUACUAGACAAUAACGAUAAUUUUUCACUACCAUGUACUCCAGUUGCAGUGGAACCGAAAUUAAAAACCUUAUUUAACGCUCAAAUAUCCACGAACAAAGAGCUUUUAGGCCAAGCUUUGAUGCUUAUUAUAAGCUUUAUGGAUUUGUGCGUGUACAAAAAUCCCCUCGCCCUAAAUUCUGUUUCGAAUCAAAAUAAAAAGUGA